AUGAGAACUGGAGCCAUGUGGUUUCUACUACUAUGGCUUAGUGCUGGAUUUGCACUCGCCGCAGGCGGUAAAUCGAUGCAAAAUAUGCCAAAUAACGUUAUUAUGGGAAAGCCAUUGCCAUUUACACAAUAUAUGGCAGGGACCACUACACCCAUCCCAAUUGUCAGAGGUGUCAAGGCUUCUCAUGACCAGCUCUGCAGCACUUGGGGAAAUCAUCAUUUUAAGACCUUUGAUGGAGAUUUCUUUCAGCUGCCACGUGCCUGCAAUUACAUCUUCACACAUCACUGUAAAGGCACUUACGAGACUUUUAACAUUCAGCUGGAGCGAAGGGGGAACCUCCAAGAGCCCAGUCUUCAUAGAGUCGAGAUGAAACUGGAUGGAGUUGAUGUUGAACUGUACAAAAACAACAUUAAGGUCAAUGAUCAGCCUGUAACAGUGCCAUACAAUUCUGACGGUGUUUCCAUCCAAAGAGAGCAGUCUUAUAUAAAGAUUAAGGCUGAACUGGGAUUGGUGGCCUUCUGGAAUGAAGAGGAUGCUUUCUGGGUUGAGUUAAAAGAUAAAUUUCGAAACCAAACUUGUGGAAUUUGUGGUGAUUACAACGGAGAACAACACUAUAAUGAGUUCAUAGAUGAAAUUGGGGAAACCAAGUCUCUUGAAAGCUUUGCAGAAGAAUGGAAAGUGGAUGGUCCAAAGGACCAAUGCAAAGAAAUCAAUUCUCCAGACAUGAAGCUUUGUGCCACCAAGGGUACCUUUUGUGAGGACAUCCUAACAAGCUUAUCCUUUAGCAUGUGUAAAGAUCUGGUUGAUGUUGACUCGUUCAUUGAUACCUGUAAAAAAGACCAAUGCCAUGAUAAGAACCACAACAGCAGCUCCCUGUGUGCGACUCUGUCAGAGUUCUCUCGACAGUGUGCCCAUAAUGGGGGUGAGCCUGGACGCUGGAGGAGGGCUUCCCAGUGCGAUUUUAAAUGUUCUUCAAACAUGGAGUAUAAAGAGUGUGGAAGUCCUUGUAAAAACACUUGUCGCAAUCCAGACAGAAGCGAAGUGUGCACCAAGCACUGCAUGGAUGGAUGUUUCUGUCCAUCAGGUACUGUCUGGGAUGACAUUUCCAAUACAGGCUGUAUUCCAGUCAGUUCCUGUCUCUGUGAACACAAAGGUGAGCCAAAGAGAUGGUACUCAGAUAAAUGUAUGGAAUGCACAUGCGUGAAUGCCAAAUGGGAAUGUGACAGCAAACAGUGUCCCGGGGUCUGCUCCAUUCUGGGCGGCUCUCACGUUUCCACAUUUGAUGAUAAAACAUAUAGAUUCCAUGGACAGUGCUCCUACACACUAUCCAAGGACACCAAUGGGACCUUCAGUAUUGUUGGUGAUCUUUACAAAUGUGGAAAUUUGGAUCACUCCACAUGUCUGUCCUCUGUGUCAGUGCAGAUGCCAAAAAGCUCGCUGACUAUUGAUGACAGUGGCAAGGUAUUUUCUAAUAAACAAACUACCACACUUCCCCUUAUACUGGAUGAGGUCACCGUGUUUCAGCCAUCCAACUUCUAUAUAAUAGCGGAAACCAUCUUUGGGAUCACUCUUGAAAUCCAAAUUGAACCAGUUAUGCAGAUCUACAUUAAAUCAUCACCAUCUAAUAAAGGAAAACUAAAGGGUCUUUGUGGCAACUUUAAUGAUAACAUUCGUGAUGACUUUGAAACCACAAAUGGACCUCGAGAAGAAAUAGCCGCCAUGUUUGCCAACGAAUGGAAGUUUGACCAAACCUGCAAAGACGUGAAUGCGCCACAGGGGAAUCCUUGUGAUUUGAGUAUGGACAGAGAGAGAUUUGCGAUUGAGAUGUGUGGAAAGCUGACAGAAAAAAAUAGCAUUUUUUCUGAAUGCCACCGAACAAUUGAUCCAGAAGUCUACAAACAUACUUGCAUCUAUGACACUUGUGCGUAUGAAAAAAGUGAGAAGGCUUUGUGUGCUGCCAUUUCCUCAUACGUAUACGACUGUGCCGCUGAAGGGAUCACUUUGGAAAACUGGAGGCAAGACGUCUGCCAAAACUACAGCUGCCCAGCAAACCUUGUCUAUGGAUACAAGAUGACGAGCUGCGGUCGUACCUGUCGCCACCUCAGUGAGCCUGACCCUGCGUGUCGGAUCAAAUUCACUCCCGUAGAUGGCUGUGGCUGCAGCGAGGGAACUUACCUGACGGACAAUGGUGACUGUGUGUCUGCCUCGGAAUGCCCAUGUUAUGUCGGAGAUAAAGUUUUGCACAAUGCACAAUAUGUAACAGUUCAAGGGAAAACAUGCAAAUGUAUCAAUGGAAAACUAAAAUGUAAAGAUCAAGGGGAGCAAGAAUGCCAACAUCCCAUGGAAUAUUUCAACUGCAGUGAGGCUGGCGCUGGAGCCCGAGGGGCUGAAUGUCAAAAGACAUGUCACUCUUCGGGAAACAUAUGCGAGAGUAGAUACUGUGUAUCAGGCUGUGUGUGUCCCCAUGGUCUGGUGUCUAAUGGAGAAGGAAAGUGCAUCGAGGAGGAAGACUGCCCUUGCACACACGGAGGCGUUACUUAUGAGCGUGGAGAUUCUAUAAAAAUUGAUUGUAACAGCUGCACCUGCCAGGGCCGAAACUGGGGGUGCACCAAGAAAGUUUGUGAUGGAACAUGCACUCGAUAUGGAGAAGGAAAUUACAUCACAUUUGACCAGAAGAGGUUCUUCUUCAGUGGAUCAUGUGAAUACACUUUGGCACAGGACUAUUGUGGGAAGGAUGAGAAUGGAACCUUCAGAGUUCUGAUCAGAAACCACCCAUGUGACACAGAGGGGGACUGCAUGACAAUCACAGUUUUUCUUGGGAACGACAAGAUUGUUUUUGAUGAAGAAAGUGUCAAAUUGCCUGAAUGGACAGGAAAAGGCAUACCAUAUAAGAUCCACACAGUUGGCCUCUAUCUCGUAAUGGAAGCAGAAACUGGUAUUGUGUUAAUGUGGAAUAGGGGAACAACGAUCAUGAUCAAAAUUAAAUCUACAUUCAAGGGAAAGGUCUGUGGCCUGUGUGGAAAUUAUGAUGACAACAUAAAAAAUGACUGGACCACCAGAUCAAAUGAACCAGUAGUGGAAGCAUUUGAGUUUGGAAAUAGUUGGAAAAAGUCUUCAACUUGUGGAGACGAGAAGCCUUCAAACAACUCUUGUGAUUUAUACUCACACCGGCAUGCAUGGGCCAAAAAACACUGCAGUAUUAUACUCAGCUCUACUUUCAAUGAAUGCCAUUCAAGGGUUGAACCACAAGAAUAUUAUGAUGCCUGUGAGAGGGACACGUGUGGGUGCAACACAGGAGGAGACUGUGACUGUUUCUGUUCUGCUGUUGCUGCUUAUGCUGCAGCAUGCAACAAGGCAGGAGUGUGUGUAAGAUGGAGAACCCCCACUAUAUGCCCUCUGUUUUGUGAUUACUACAACACUGAUGGACAUUGUGAAUGGCACUAUGAGCCUUGUGGAAAAUCUUGUUUGAGAACUUGCAAGAAUCCCUCUGGAAAGUGUUUCACUGAAAUCCCAACAUUAGAAGGCUGCUAUCCACAUUGCCCGGAAGAAAAAAUAUAUUUGGAUGAAGAUGACAUGAAGUGCAAGUCAGAGCAAGAAUGUGGCUGUUAUGAUGAGGAAGGCAACCAUUAUGAAGAUGGAGAUCCUAUGCCUCCACCACCUCCCUGGCAAAACUGUAUAUGUAGUUCAAUGGAAAGGGAAUGUAUUACCGAGGGAUGUGUCUGCGAGUAUAACAAUCAAGACUUCAAACCCGGUGAAUUCAUCAAGAAGGUCAACUCUCAAAAUGAAUGUUAUGACCUUUUUUGUACCAUGGCAUGCACUUUGAAGCAGGUUCCAUGUUUACGGGGAAACUGUUCAUAUCUGGAUCCACCACGAGAGAAUGGUGAAUCGUGGAUAUCUGAUUGUAUGAUUCACACAUGUAAGAAUGGUAAAACAAUAUCAGAACCUGUUCAAUGUCCGUCUGUCACAAAGCCAGCUUGUGCAAAUGGACGGCAAGCAACUAAAGUGUAUGAAAAUGGAGGCUGCUGUUACCAUUAUGAGUGCCCAUGUGUAUGUGCUGGAUGGGCAGAUAAAUCCUCCAAAUAUACAAAUAUAGUGAAAUUGAAUGGCAAACGGAUAUCCCCAACUUACUCCAAUGGUGACCUGAAUAUCAUGAGUACAUCUGUAGAACUGCGCCUGAGAAUCCCAGCGAUCCAUGCAGUUGUUGUUUUCAAAUCACUUCAGUUUAGUGUUGAACUUCCCUCUUCCCUGUUUCAUAAUAACACUGAAGGGCAGUGUGGCACAUGUGACAAUGACACCUCGAAUGAUUGCCGGUUACCGAAUGGCCAGCUUCGUCCCUGUCCGACGUCGGCACAUGAGUGGCGUGUCCCAGACAUUAAAAAGCCGUACUGCAAUCAUAAACCACCUCCAACCACAGUUCCUCCAACCACAGUUCCUCCAACCACACCUCCACCCGAUCCUCUCUGUGAUGUAAUAAUCAGCGAUGUCUUUAAGAAGUGCCAUGUCGCAAUCGAUCCAAAUCCCUUUUAUGACGCAUGUAAUUACGAUGUAUGGCACAAUACAACAGGAUGUGCUAGUCUUGAGGUGUAUGCCUCUCUAUGUGCCCAAGAGUCUAUUUGUGUGUCGUGGAGGAUUGCUACUGACGGAGUUUGUGACUAUAAUUGUCCUGCUGGCCAAAUCUAUAAGCCGUGUGGUUCAACAGUGGUUGAAACCUGCAAUGCAAGAUACAACGACCAAUACAUUUCAAAAUGUCGCGGUCAAUCAGUUGCUGACAAAGUUGAAUGUGAAUCCUUCAUGGAGGGAUGCUACUGCCCCGACGGGUUGACGAAGUUUAGUUCAGACUCCGACUACUGCGUGUCCUCCUGUUGCACCGGCCCUAAUGGAGAACCUAAAGAACUGGGUGAGACAUGGAAAAGUGGAUGUAGUGUGUGCAUCUGCGACAGUAACACUUUGUCGGUCCGCUGCAACACGCUGCCCUGUCCCACUCCACAGUACGUCCCCUGUGACAAAGAGGGACAAGUGCGGGUGAACUACACUGAGGACUGCUGUCAGAAGCAUAAAUGUGAAUGUGAUGUCAAACUUUGUGAUGACACCAAACCAGUGUGCAAGCCAGGAUUUGAGUUGAACAUAGAAACACCUAAAGACAGUUGCUGCUCUCAUUUCACUUGCGUUCCGAAAAAUGUCUGCGUUUUCAAUGACACUGAGUAUAAGCCUGGUGCGAGCUUCUCUAAUGAACAAUGUGAACACUGCAUCUGUACUGAAAGGAAAAACACAGAAUCAUCACUCAAUGAAUAUGAAUGUGCUGAGAUAUCCUGCCAAAAGAACUGCUCUGAGGGCUAUGUGUAUGAUGAACCCAAUCCAGGACAGUGCUGUGGCGAAUGUAAAAAGGAAAACUGUGUCGUGAAAUUAGAAGGGUCCAACACUACUGUUAUCAUAAAGCCUUCAACAUCUUGGUCUCCACCAGAUGACCCAUGCACCAAGUACCACUGUAAAGAAGAGAACGGAGAGUUGACGACCACAGAGAAACAGAUUGAGUGUCCGACAUUUGACCCAUCAAAGUGCAUUGCUGGAACUGAACAAACUGACGCUAAUGGCUGUUGCAGAACAUGCACAGAAAUAGUACCUGACUGUGGCAUAAGUAGGAAUCGAACUUACAUUGAGACUGGAGGCUGCAAAUCCAUUAAUACCGUGGAGCUAACGUCUUGUGAAGGAUCUUGUGGAAUCUCCUCUUCCAAGUACUCUGCAGCAAGCAACAUGAUGAUGCAUGAAUGCACCUGCUGUCAAGAACUUCAAACCAGGAAGAUUGAAGUGGAGCUGCGCUGCGCAGACAACAGCAUCAUGAAACACUCGUACAUUUCUGUGGAAAAGUGCGGCUGCCAUGUUGCUAAAUGUAAAGACAGCUCUUAG